AUCUUUCUUAAUAAUACCUCAGAUUAAAUUAUUUGCAGUGCUGCAAUUUCCUCCCCUCAACCUCAAUUUACCCUGCCGGUAGAGUCCAACAGUGUGACAUUAGAAAUAGGACAGCAAUAUUAAAUGUCCCUUUUGCACUUUGGCAACACUUGGAGGGGGGCUGGCACGAGGUGUUUGCUGUCAGCUGCCUGGCGGUGGGACCCCUUCGGCCUACUAUCGAAGAGUUUCUGCAUUGCUGUCAUUCUUGCCGGGGGUAGCUGAUAGCACCACUGAGAGCCCGAGCACUCAUCACACAUCCGAUAAGAUGGCAGGAGGAAUCUUCACCAACUUGGACAAUCUUUGUAAUGUGGAUUGUAGUAAUGUCCACCCCCUGGUGUGUCACCUGUGCCAUGAGCAGUAUCAGACCCCAUGUUUGUUGGACUGCUAUCACAUCUUCUGUGCCCGCUGUCUACGCGGCCGGACCAAUGACAGCCGUCUCAGCUGCCCCCUCUGUGGUUACUCGUCCAUAAUAAAAGGGAAUAGCGCCCUCCCACCUGAGGACCGUCUGCUGAAGUUUCUGGUCGACAGCAAUGGGGAUGCUGACGAAACGGUUCAGUGUGCCAACUGUGACCAGGAGAGUAACAAAAAGGACACAGAGGUGAUGUACUACUGUAACACUUGUAGCCAGCCACUGUGCGGCGCUUGCAGGGAGUUGACUCACAAGGCCAGAAUGUUUUCCCACCAUGAGAUUGUGUCACUGGCCAAACGCACUAAAGCCAAACACAGGAAGUGCUCUCUCCACGAGGAGCCGUACAUCCUGUUCUCAACAGAGAACAAAUCUAUGCUUUGCAUCAAAUGCUUCAGAGACAUGCAAGUGGAGUGCCGAACUCACUGUAUUGAUAUCGAAACAGCCUACAUGCAGGGCUGUGAGAUGCUGGACCAGGCUGUGCUGGUGGUGAAGGAGCUGCAGACUUCGGCGAGAGAGGCGAUCGUUCUGCUGAGGGCGAUGAUAGGAGAAGUGUGUCUGAAUGUGGAGGAAGAAGAGAGUGCAAUCUGUACUCUGUUCAACAGCUUGCAGGAAAAACUAGCAGAGAGGAAGAAGAUUCUGCUGAAAGCAGCUCAGAGUCAACACGAGGAGAAAGAGAAAGCACUAAAGGAGCAGCUCUCACACCUUACUGCCCUCCUACCAACCCUCCAGGUCCAUCUCGUCACCUGUUCGGCCUUCCUCAGCUCAGCCAACAAGUUUGAGUUUUUGGACAUGGGAUACCAACUCAUGGAGAGGCUGAAGAGGAUUGUAAAGCUCCCUCAUCGACUGAGACCAGUGCAGAGCAGCAAAAUCAACACGGACUACAGAAAUGAGUUUGCUCGAUGUCUGGAACCUUUACUGCUGCUUGGUCAGCGUUGCCCUCCUGUUGCCGGUCUCUGUAAUGUUGCAACAAGGCACCAGUCCCCCCUCUCUGUGUCUUGCCGCUCCCCGUCUCUCAGUGAGAUGCCCCUGGGCUCUGUGUUCGGGCGAAGGCCCACUUGUCACCGCAACAUCUGCACCAAGGUUCUCCUGGCCGAGGGGGCGGAAACACCUUUCACCGAGCACUGCCGCAAUUAUGAGAACACCUACAGGACUUUCCAGACAGAGAUUCAGAACCUGAAGGACCAGGUCCAGGAGCUGCACCGAGAUCUCACCAAGCAUCACUCCAUCAUCAACACAGAUAAAAUGGGAGAGAUACUAGACAGAUCGCUACACAUUGACAGCCAGAUAUCCGCCCAGUACUCCACUGUGGAAACUAUGAGAGUCAUGUUUGAAGAGAUCUGGGAUGAGACUUUUCAGAGGGUCACUAAUGAACAGGAGAUCUAUGAAGCCCAGCUUCAUGACCUAAUGCAGCUGAAGCAGGAGAACUCCUACCUAACCACUAUCGCCAAACAGAUCAGCCCCUACAUCCUGUCCAUUGCCAAAGUCAAAGAGAGACUCGAGCCCAGGUUUCAGGAGCCUAAAGAGCACCAUGACGACCGCACGGAAACAAUGCUCAAAAUCUAUGAAGACAGCACAAUUGCUAAAGACAGCCAAGACAGUAAUAACCAGGACUGUGUCACAGACCAAGACAGAGACAAGAACAACCGCCCGCUGAUUCUCGACUCGGGGGACAGCUCUGUCAAGACCAAUCGCACAGGCAGACAGAGGGUUCCCACAGAGACGUCCAACCACAAUGAGAUACCUUCAUAAACACCAUGUCAUUUGAUUUCUGCCCUCCCUACCUCCCUCCGUUUUCCCCUCCCUGAUCUUGUGCCGCAGUGUGCCUUAAUUCAACCAUAACAAGCCGGGGAUGGUAUGUGACUGCCGUCCAGAUACUGUACAUAAUAUUUUCUCAGCAGUGGGGGAGCUGUCAACAGCGCCAAGGUGAGCCCUCGGAUAGACACUGACUAACUGGAUGUACAAACAUGGAGGUCAAAGACUCACUGCUGUCAGAGCCGGACAAAAGACGGCCUCCUUGUUCAAAGUGGAUAAAGAUAACAACAUGAUAAUGAAUUGUUUUGGUGUUAUUUAAGAGCCAUGGACUGCUUUAAUGAGAAAACAGAGUGAAAAAUAUCUUCCUGUAUUUCCUUUUGUUGUUCUGUCUGUGCUUUGGCUGUUAAAAACGAUAAGUAUGCUAAAAGAGUGUAAAUUAUCGCGCUGUCCUUUUUUUUUUUUCUACCGUGUGUGGAAUUGCUUUUUUGGCGUAUCCGUUCUUUGCAUAAAACAUUUUUUUUUUUCUGGAGGCUGGAGGCUGAUGAUGGAUGACUGCACAGGUCCGAUUCUUCCCCAAGAAGAUUGUUGAACCCGGUGUGACAGCACAGAUGGAACGCAGCUAAAGCAAUGAUGUGCGUGUCAUUCUGGGUGUCAGUAUAGGUCACAUGUUGAUGUGUGUCAUGUGUAGCAUAUCAUGCAUCAGUCUCCUCCAAAAUGAGGCGGUCUUUUCCUGUCUGCAAGUGGAGACUUUUUUUCUUUUGUCUUUCUUUCUUUCCACAUCUCCAUGCAAAAAGUGGAAAAGCUAGAGUUACAGAGGUGUGUGAAUGUAACUGGCCUUGGCUUCACCUCGAUCUCUUCCUAGUUUUUUUAGACUCCACACUCAUCGUCAAUAUCCCAGCUAACCAAGACGCUGUAGGAAAAAUAUUCCUCUCGGUUUGCCUCAUGAUUUCCUCGCAUGUCAGUGUGAGCAGCAUGUUUUAAGGCGUUUUGCCCUGCAGGAAAUCAGCAGGUGAACUUUUUUCACAUCACAUCCUUCCCCCUCCUGUAUAUUCCUCUUAAUUAAUCGUGUGUUUUAAGCAGAUGCCAUGUUAAAACUGACAAAAACGUGGAACAUAAUGAUGUUCAUCCCACUGCUGCAAAGGCAGGGGGGGAUCCAAAGGAGCUUCCAUAAAUCACCAGAAUCAUUUCAAUUUGAAAAAUUCAGAUUGUUGACUUUUUUGACAAGAAAAACAAGAAAAACAACAUCUCUGAAAAGAGCUUAGUACACAGGAGCGAUUCAAGGUGAAACCUUCCCACCUGCUAUCAGCAGGUAAGGAUAUCAGGUAAGGAUGAUAAUGAGGAACGAGAAUGAUGGCUUCAGCACUCAGAAGGAGGAGGUUAUUUACAUUACACAGCGAGAAACUAAAGCGGGUUUGUUCAGCACCACUGCUUUAUAGGAAGUAUUGGGGUCAUGCUGGCCUUAAGGAACGGUCCUGCUCUGCAGAGGAGUCAGAGGUGCAGAUUCAUUAAAAAUACAUUUGUGACAGCAGAGUAACAAAUGGCUGUGCCUCUGCUCUGGUCCUGUACUCCCUCCCCAUGGUCAUUCAUCAUCUGCACUCAUCGAACUACCUGGUCCGUGUUCACUGUUCAUUAUUCUCUCUCAGUCUCUGCUGGGCUCUCUCACCUACUGUUCGAGGGGGGAAGAAACCCGAAGGUUAUUUCACAGCGAGAAAAAAAAAGUUGUUGUUUUUUUCGGGGCACUCAUGGCACAUUUGGAGGUAAAGUUCACAGAGAGAUGGUUCUCAUUUGUUUAACCAUUAAGACAGGGCACACCUUCCACCUCACUUUGCAGCAGCUGCCAGUGUAGCAGACACUAUAAGGCCGUGCUG